UUGGGAUUCUGAAAAAUAUGAAUAAUUAUUUAAGAAAAAUCUUCCCAAAGCUGAGUCUGCCAGUUGAAGACCCGAAGUGCUUCCAUGGGACCCCCUCACGAGAUAAUUUCUCCGCCCUCUACAGGAAUCUUUCUGUCCGGAACUCUGCCAGCGGUAGAAAUCUGGUUGACUCUAAGCUGCAUCCCUAUCUACUGAGUGAAUCUGUCUAUAUUUACAAUUACCCGUGUCCUUGGAACUUAUUACUUCCACUACGAGACCAGCUUCGUCAGGAACUGGUUUUUCAUGAUGCAAUUCUUAACAAAGCUAAAAUGCAUCUUAAUCAUGCCGUUAAAAGUCUUCUGAACAAUGCUACGAAAAAUAUUACCAUAAUCACCGUGCACGUUCGAAGGACAGACUAUUUAAAUUACAUAAAAGUCAACUAUAAAUUAAAACCACUGAAAAAGACUUAUUUUCAACGUGCAUUUAAAUUCUUCAGGAACAGAGUAGCGUCUCCGGUGUUCGCAGUGAGCAGUGACGACCCAGAAUGGUGCAAAAACAAUAUCAUGGACAAGGAUGUUGUAUUUGUUGGUACCAAAGAUCCUGUGUUGGACAUGGCUUUGCUGUCCCUCGGAGACCACCACGUGAUAACGUACGGAACCUAUGGCUUCGUCAGUGCCUUCCUUGGUGCAGGCAUCAUCGUCUACCCUGACAAUAAAGACAGGCCUGUUUUUCCCUGUUUAAACUCUACGAUCUUACAAUCGAUAUCCAGGAAUUAGCUCAUAUCAUCAACCAGCUGUUUCAUUAGGAACAUAUGCGUUUUAAAUGGAACAUUGAAUCAUUAGUGAUUUCAUGCAAUGCCUUAUCCAGUAAAUAGAUACAUAAAAAUUAGAUUCGUCUAGCUUUUUGUUAGGGUUCGCUUUCACUUUGAUGUCCAAAGGGUUUGGAAAGGUUGAGGGAGGUAGAGAGAUGGGGAAGGGAAAUUAUGGAAGAGGAUGCGGGAGUAGAGAGAGAAAGGAGGUUUGAAAGUUCGGUAGCCUGUUCACCAUGGGUUGGCAUAUAUGUGUGUAACGUUUGUUUGGGUAUGUGUUACGUUGGGUUGUCAGUACAUUGGCUGGGUGACUAGUGUUUGUGUCCUAGCUGGUGUCUGGAAGCCCUAGAGCCGAUGGAGUUGGCUGCAGGAGAUUAAUCUUAGUAACAUCAGGUGGUUACUCAUCUGGUAGCACAAUUUUUUUUAUUUAUUUAUUUAUUUAUUUAUUUAUUUAUUUAUUUUUAGGUAUAAUAAAAAAUACCUAAUCCGGGUCCGGGAUGGACCACUAUCUGGGUCAUCUGGCAGACCACUUAAUAUUUGAGGUCUUGGGAAGGUCUGAUCAUGGAUGUGUCUGGUCACUUUUUAUUGGAGAAUGAUUAACAAAUCAACAAAUCCACAAGGGCCGUGACGAGGAUUCGAACCUACGCCCAGGAGCAUCCCAGACGCUGCCUUAAUCGACUGAGCUACUACAUGGUCAAAAGAGCUGAAACCGAAGUUCUACUGUCUUACUGGAUCCUGCAGCCACUCCGAGACACAAACCAGGGUUUUACACAACUCCUCCAUGCACUCGAGCUAUGUCAGUAGGCCGUUCUCCCUCUUCACCCUUAACUCAUUUACCGACCCAUCCUCAGAUGGGUCGGUAAAAAAAAAACUCUUUUUACUAGGAUUGCCACCCCCCUGUUGAUUUCCCUAGUGGAAUAUCUCCAAAGAGAGAUGUGCUGGUCCAGUCGAGCUGCUGUUUCAUUGAGUAAAAUAAUGUCUGGCAACCUCCAGGGUGAAGAGGUAUCUGUUGUUGAAGUAAUGUCUGUUAUUCACUUGAAGGAAUGUGAUCCCCAUUAUUGGUUGUGUGCAGUAUGUGUUUGUUUGGCUCGAGUGCCAGUGUUUGUUAACUUCGGUUUGGCUUCUGAUGUGUGUGAGGGUGGAGGACAGGUCUUUUGGGCCAGGGAUCACGUUUUCGGAUCCGAUAGAAGGUUGGGUGGGGUUUUCCGCACGUUGCCGUGCAAUUGGGGUAUCUUCGUGGUCGCUAUUGUUCUCUAUGUUCACGUCUGUAGUGCUGGAGUCACUCUCAGAUGGAGUAUUAGGGGGAACACCUGCCCUUACCCUGUCCUUAGGGGAUGAGCUGAUACGAGUGUUGGCCCUGCGCCUCUUGGAACUGCAGUGUGUUGGACUGCAGUGCGUGGGGCGCUGUAUGCAUCCAGGGUUUCUUAUGACAAGAGUGCGUGUGAUGGCACUGACUAUAAUAUUGUUAGUUGGGUCUACUGUAGUAAUUCUCGAACUGGGUGUUUGCCAGGCUACCGGGAUGGAGGGGCCGCGGUGAUUCUGGGAGUUUGGUGUCACUUGGAUGUUGGCUGUGGCCAGGAGGUGGAUAGUACUUAGGAGGGGGGGGGGGUGCAUGGGCCUGGUCGGCGGCUGUUGUGCUGUGUCAGAUAGGCGAGCGAGUCCGCGGACAUGUGGAUAGGGGACAGGCCAUUGCCCUUCCUGAGUGAGUUCCAGAAUCCCAGGACCUUCACCGGGUUGUGUGGAAAUGCAAAUUGGGCAAAUGCUAAGAGUUCCGCUCCUAAGCUGGGUUUAGGAUCGGGAUUUGUUGCGAGUGGGUUAGGUGUUGAGGCCUGCUGCGGUUGGUUCUGGGGUUUUCCAGGUAUAACCGUGAGGUCAAUGGGCUGUUGGUUGCUUUGAUGUUCCUCUUGGGCGACCGACUGGGCCUGCCACCCUGGGAAUUGUGCUUGUUGUUUGUUGGAGUCACGCAAGCGUUUAUUGGUGGAGGAGGGGCAGGAAUGGUGGUUGCUGCUUGUUGACGAGCAGCUGUCACAGUUUCUUGUGCUUGCUUCAUUGCAUCCUGUCUAUGAGAACAUAGGUGGGAGAUUGCAAUGUGUGCACCAUUGCACAGUGCACACUUGGUCAUUGGGCCUGUGCAUUCUUUGUAGUUGUGUUCCCCUGCACACCUGCUGCACUUGGGAGUUUCAAUGUUGCAUGGAUUGAAGUAGUAGUCAUACUGGAAGCAUUUGAAACAUUGAGUUUGUGAAACCUCUGUAGAAUGAUUUGGUCAGGGUCAGACUUGAUGCCAAAGACAGAGAAGCCUAAGUUGCAAGCUUGUGUUGCUUGCUCCGGUGAGGCCAGCGUUAGCUUCAGAACUUGGUUGUUGUGGGAUUUCGUUUUGAACCUGUGUGCCUGAAUUACUUUAAAAUUCCUGUUUUUAAUUAGAAUUUCUGCAGAUAUCUCAUUUGAGUGUUUUUCACCCUUAACUUGUGUUCCGUAAUUCUGAUUCAUCAAAAUGGCAAAAUUUAUAUGGCAUGUUAAUAUCUAGUGUUACUCAACUGGCAUGUAUAUGGCAUGUUAAUACCUAAUGUAACACUCAAUGGCCACAGUGAGUGUUAAAACUUUGGCCUCGGCAUUGAUGUCCUGUAAUUGGUGGGAUUAAGAAUAUUACAGCUAUUGACUUGAGCAAUGAAGUGAUAAUGUUAAGGCUUCUAAUCAGAUUUAUUUAUUUAUGUGACACUAUAAAAAAUAAAUUAUUUGAAGACCACA